UGCGCACGGGCCGCGUGAAGGGAGGGGAGGGCUGGCCUGGGGGCUGCACGCUGGGCCCGGGAGGGGUCCGGCCCCGCACCGGCCCGAGCUGACGCCCAGUGGACAGCCACCCGCGCGCGCCGGGCGACCUGGAGACGCCCGUCUGGGGGCGGGGGCCGCGCUGCGGAGCCGCCCACGCCGCGCUCCAGGAGCUGGAGCUGGCAAGGGUGGGUGUCAGGACAUGUUGAUCUCCCCCCGAGCCAGGGCUGCCCUCGUCCGGCUCUGUCUGGUGAAUCUCCGCGUGCUGAUUUGCUGCAGAACCUUGUCUGCUCCUCAGUACCUCGGCCACAUUGAAGCCUGGAGACCCUCAUCAUUCUCUGCCGCUCUCCUUCGCCUGGCAGAGUGUCCCGGUUCCUCAGCCAGCAGGCAUCCCCGCCAUGGAGGACUGCAACGUGCACUCGGCCGCCAGCAUCCUGGCCUCGGUGAAGGAGCAGGAGGCUCGCUUUGAGCGGCUGACUCGGGCACUGGAGCAGGAGCGGCGCCAUGUGGCCCUCCAGCUGGAGCGCGCUCAGCAGCCUGGAGUGGGCACUGGUGGCAUGGGCAGUGGGCAGCCCCUGCCAAUGGCCUGGCAGCAGCUGGUCCUGCAGGAGCAGAGCCCGGGCAGCGAGGCCUCACUGGUCACCAUGCCAGAGGCCCCUGAAGUGCUGGAGGAAACGGUGACAGUGGAGGAGGACCCUGGCACCCCUACAUCCCACGUGUCCAUCGUCACUUCAGAAGAUGGCACUACCCGGCGCACGGAGACUAAGGUCACUAAGACUGUGAAGACGGUGACCACACGAACAGUGCGCCAGCUGCCUGUGGGUCCAGAUGGCCUCCCCCUGCUGGACAGCGGACCGCCACUCUGCCCAUUCCCCGAUGGCCCCCUGGACCGGCACUUCUUACUGCGAGGGGGCGUGCCAGCAGCCACACUCUCCCGCGCCUACCUCAGCAGUGGGGGCAGCUUUCCUGAUGCGCCCGAGCCCCGUGAAGUCCCCAGCUAUGGCAGCCUGUCUCGGGGGCUGGGAACGCGGCCCCCGCGUGGUGGACCCCUUGGUCCGGGCCCUGGGGAUGGCUGCUUCACUCUGCCUGGCCGCCGUGAGGCAUUCCCCGCUGGCCCUGAGCCCGUGACUCCGGCAGGUCGCUCCCAGCCCGAGCGCUUCCAGGCAGAGCCCUACGGCCUGGAGGAUGAUACGCGGAGCUUGGCUGCUGAGGAUGAGGGUGGUCCGGAGCUGGAGUCCGACUAUAGCACGGCCCCACGGAGGCGGCCUGACUGCGGGCGGGGCCUUCGUGCCAGGGCCUACGAGGACGUGGCUGACGAAGGCAGUGAGCUGAUGGAGGAGCGGCCCCCAUUCCCAGCCGUGAGCGCACCCCUGGCCCAGCCUGAACGGGGCAGCCUGGGCAGCCUGGACCGCAUGGUGCGGCGCUCACCGUCGGUCGACAGUGCCCGCAAGGAGCCGCGCUGGCGGGAUCCAGAGCUGCCCGAGGUCCUGGCCAUGCUGCGGCACCCCGUGGACCCCGUGAAGGCCAACGCAGCCGCCUACCUGCAGCACCUGUGCUUCGAGAACGAGGGCGUCAAGCGGCGCGUGCGGCAGCUGCGGGGGCUGCCGCUGCUCGUGGCCCUGCUGGACCACCCGCGGGCGGAGGUGCGGCGCCGGGCCUGCGGGGCGCUGCGGAACCUCUCCUUUGGGCGGGAUACGGACAACAAGGCGGCCAUCAGGGACUGCGGGGGUGUGCCUGCCUUGGUGCGCCUGCUGAGGGCCGCCCGGGACAGUGAGGUCCGGGAGCUUGUCACGGGCACACUCUGGAACCUGUCAUCCUACGAGCCCCUGAAGAUGGUCAUCAUUGACCACGGGCUACAGACGCUGACCCACGAGGUCAUUGUGCCCCACUCGGGCUGGGAGCGUGAGCCCAACGAGGACUCAAAGCCACGGGACGCCGAGUGGACCACUGUCUUCAAGAACACGUCUGGCUGUUUGAGGAACGUGAGCUCUGAUGGCGCAGAGGCCCGCCGGCGACUCCGGGAGUGCGAAGGCCUGGUGGAUGCGCUGCUGCAUGCCCUGCAGUCGGCUGUGGGCAGGAAGGACACGGACAACAAGUCAGUGGAGAAUUGCGUGUGCAUCAUGCGGAACCUGUCCUACCACGUGCACAAGGAGGUGCCAGGGGCUGACAGGUACCAGGAGGAGGAGCCUGGGCCCCCAGGGGGCGCUGUGGGUUCACAACGCCGGAGGCGGGAUGACGCUGGCUGCUUCGGUGGCAAGAAGGCCAAAGAGGAGUGGUUCCAUCAAGGGAAGAAGGACGGUGAGAUGGACCGGAACUUUGACACGCUGGACCUGCCCAAGCGGACUGAGGCUGCCAAAGGCUUUGAGCUGCUGUACCAGCCUGAAGUGGUACGUCUCUACCUCUCUCUCCUCACUGAGAGCCGGAACUUCAACACUUUGGAGGCUGCAGCCGGAGCCCUACAGAACCUCAGUGCUGGCAACUGGACGUGGGCCACGUACAUCCGCGCCACUGUGCGCAAGGAGCGUGGGCUGCCCGUGCUAGUGGAGUUGCUGCAGUCAGAGACUGACAAGGUCGUCCGCGCCGUGGCCAUCGCACUGCGUAACCUCUCCCUGGACCGGCGCAAUAAAGACCUCAUUGGGAGCUAUGCUAUGGCAGAACUGGUACGAAACGUGCGGAAUGCACAGGCUCCAGCACGACCCGGGGCCCGUCUCGAGGAAGACACCGUGGUGGCCGUGCUCAACACCAUCCAUGAGAUUGUGUCUGACAGCCUGGACAACGCGCGCUCUCUCCUGCAGGCCCGAGGCGUCCCUGCGCUAGUGGCCCUGGGUGGUUCCAGCCAAUCUGUGCGUGAGGCCAAGGCCGCGUCCCACGUGCUACAAACUGUGUGGAGCUACAAGGAGCUGCGCGGUGCCCUGCAGAGGGACGGCUGGACCAAGGCGCGCUUCCAGUCCACUGCUGCUAACACCAAGGGACCCAAGGGAGCGCUGAGUCCGGGAGGCUUUGACGAUAGUACCCUGCCCCUGGUGGACAAGAGCCUUGACGGUGAGAAGCCUGGGAGCCGGGACGCCAUCCCCAUGGAGGCUCUUGGCCCCGAUGGCUACUCCACGGUGGACCGGCGGGAGCGGAAGACCCGAGGCAGUGACCCUGCGGCCGAGGCUUCUGAGAAGGAGCCACUAAAACUCGAGCCCAGCAGGAAGGCCCCUCCUCCUGGGCCCAGCAGGCCUUCGGUCAGGCUGGUGGAUGCCGUGGGGGACGCUAAGCCUCAACCUGUUGACUCCUGGGUCUAGCUUGCACGCCUGGGCCCGGGCUCAGCCUGCUGUUCCUAGGGACCACGGGAAGGCGGGAACUCCAGGUCCAUCCUGCAUAGACCCUGCUGUGGUGCUCGGAGCCCCCUGGCGGCAGGGGUAGGCAGUGUCUCUCGAGGAGCCAGGCUGACUUUUCUGAACCAGCCUUCCUCCCUGCCGCCCCCAGGCUGCGCUGCCACUGGACUCGGUGCUGGUAGCUUGUGAGGGGGAGGAGGUGGGUGGGAGGGGCCUGGGGCAGGUGACUGACUGGGGCCUGCGGUAGGAGAGGUGGGGGCAGGCAGCCAGGCAGGGCAGGAAGGGGGGUGCUCUUCAGGACCCCAGUCCUACCCUGCAUGGCAGAGACCGUGGGUGUAAGGCUGCUCCAGGGGGCCAGUCUGGACACAGGGGUCAGGCUGUGCUUGUCCCCCCACCCAGCCCCCACUCUGGGAGGCCUGGAGCCCCGGCUGGUGGGGCCUUCCCUGAAGGACUGCCCAGGGCUGCUGUGGCCCAGUCACACCUCCUCGUGCCCCUCUGGGGACAGGGGCACCGCAGGGAGACUGCUGUUCAGUGCCUGCUGUUUGAGACUUAAAAACAGAAGAGAAAACACUGACGAAAAGCAUUAAAGACAAAACCAAAAGACAACUGUAUUGGUAAAUAUUUGAAUUUUUGUAAGAAAACUUAAAAAUUAAAAAAAUCAACAAAGGAACUUUUGUGUCAUGUGCCUGCCUCGGUGUUCUUGCCGGAACUACUGGCUCUCCCUCUUUGGGCAGGGACAGAGAUGUCCCUGGGGAUCAUCACCGGUAUCCAGUGAGGACUCAGCAGGGGCCCAGGCCCCCCUUUCUAAAGAACAGGUUUGUUCCCUGGGUCCCUGGGGUCCUCGGACCCCAGAUGAGAUCUUAGGGCGCCUCUGAGGUGGUCAGAGCCCCAACUACUUUAGAGGGGCCUGGGGUGGAGGACCAGAGUGGGGCUUGGGGGGUAGCUCUGGCUUUAGGGAGCUGCAGAGCAGCUCUGCUUCAUCACUUGCCAGUUAGAUAACUGGCGGAGGCUCCAUGGCUGAGGCAAACCCACACCCACCACGGGAUACAAGACAGAAGGUUGGCCGCCUGCCUCUUGCAGGGGCCCAGGGGACCAGGUCCUGGGGAAUCCAGUCUCAGCUUUCCCACCCCUGCUUUGCUUUCCCCAGAAGCUGUCCCACCUACAGACAUCCCUGCAGAACUGAAGCAUAUGCCGUGG